UCCAGAGGCGCCUCUGCUUUGGAAACCCCUGAACUGCAAAGUGCGGCUUGUCCCUCGGCCGGCCGAAGACAGCGAGGCCUGCAGCAGGAAGCGUUUCCCCAGCGCCUCGCGGGGAGGCAGCCUUCCGAAACCCGCUUCCUCCCGAGUAGACCUGCCCGCCCCCUCCCGGGACUCCCCGGAGGUCUCCCUUCCGAGGCCUCUCGGGGGCCUAGCUGGGCAAAGGGCGCAGGUGCCGGACGGCGAGGAGGCCUUCCCGGCCGGGCCUACCUGAGCGAGCCCGGCCCCCUGAGGGCGAGGAGCUCAGGAGGGGCAGAGGCCAGGGAAGGUGAGGCGCGCUCGGGCCGGGCUGCUCCCGCUGCUGCUGUCACCGCCGCCGUCGCCGCCUCCUUCCUUCGCCAGAACAACAAACAAGCAGCCGGAAAGGCGGAGGCGAGCACUGCGCCUGCGCAUUCCCGCGGGGCCCGGACGAACCCUGGGAGCGGUAGUUCGCCUCUGCCAGGCGCAGCGGCAGAGAGAGGCGCGCGGGGACUACAGGCCCCAAGGAGCCGCGGGCGCUGCAGGGCGGGGCCAACGCUGGCGGAGACCCGGACGCUAAGUCAACAAAGGGAACUGAAAAUGACUUCUGAGCCAGAAACAAAACCAAUGGGUGGUGCAAAGAAGACAGCCUCUUUCCAGUGGCGUCCAUGUGCAAACCCUGGCAAUCCUGUGUUUUCCUGCAUGUUGGAGGCAAAGACUCUCACCUCUAGCAAUUUCUUAACUAAGCCCCAGCUUUUGCUCUAUAAAACAACAUCAAGUGAAUACGGUGCUAUACCGCCUACCACACAAAUGGUACCUUGUAAAUUCUGUCCAAAGGACAAUAAUUUCACAAAUCAUUUGUUCACUUGUGGGAUGACACGAUUUAAUGGUAUUAACACUGGCACUGACAAAAACAGAGUUUGUGAUCUCUCAGAUCUUAUGCACACUUUAUAAAAUAUAAUAGUGUGUUUUUGUUAUCUAUUAAAAUAAUAAAGCAAGUAAGAGUGUAACAGUGU